AUCAUAUUUUUUGGAUUUUCGUUUCUAUCACAACAAGCCAAAUCCGCUCCAAAAUUCAAUUUUAACAUUUUCAAAAUUAACAAAGUUAUUUUCAAAUUCUUAAAUUCUUAAAACAUGGCAUAUAGCGGUAUGGAGCUACCCGGAAUAUUUUGUCCAGAUGAAAGCGUUGAGCAGUUUGCAAGACUUUACGGAAGUGAUAAUGUUGGAAAAAUGAUGAUAAUAGCCUCGACCACUCGGCCUCAAAACAAUUAUCCAAUUAAUAUGCAAGCCCCAGUUCAUCCACAAACUGGAACAAUGGAAGCCAACCCCUCCAGGUUCAACCGGAAUCCACCAACAGUUGACGACCGAAAUCUAAGAUAUAUUCCUCCAUAUAAUGCUUACGCACUCCAAGGAUCUAGGCCCAACAUCCAUGGCGGAUGUGGUGACCACUACCAUACUUCAUCGAAUUUCAAGAACUAUAAGCCUGAAUAUCCUGCGCAUCACGCCCAGCAAGAGGUUCAUAGUCAACAGGGAAUGCAUAUGAAUUAUUCGUGUCUACCUCCGCCUGGACCGAGAUUUGCGUGGCUUUAAGCCGUAUAUAAACUUUCCUUGUAUGAAACUUAUUGUAGGUGAACUGUUUAAUUACAUAUCAAAAUAUAAUGUUGUAACGCUCUUCA